CGGCGAUAUGGCUUUCCCUGAGCCAAAGCCGCGGGCCCCAGAGUUGCCGCAGAAAAGGUUGAAGACACUGGACUGCGGACAGGGGGCGGUGCGAGCUGUGCGGUUUAACGUGGAUGGCAAUUACUGUCUGACAUGCGGCAGCGAUAAGACUCUGAAGCUGUGGAACCCGCUGCGGGGCACGCUACUGCGGACAUACAGCGGCCAUGGCUAUGAGGUGCUGGACGCAGCCAGUUCCUUUGACAACAGCAGUCUUUGCUCCGGCGGCGGGGACAAGGCCGUGGUGCUGUGGGAUGUAGCGUCAGGACAGGUCGUACGCAAAUUUCGGGGCCACGCGGGGAAGGUGAGCACGGUACAGUUCAACGAAGAGGCCACAGUGAUCUUGUCUGGCUCUAUCGAUUCCAGCGUCCGCUGUUGGGACUGCCGCUCCAGGAGGCCUGAGCCAGCGCAGACACUAGAUGAGGCCAGGGAUGGCAUAUCCAGUGUGAAGGUGUCGGACCAUGAAGUCCUGGCAGGCUCCGUGGACGGCCGGGUGAGGCGUUAUGACCUGAGGACUGGGCAUCUCUUCUCAGACUACGUGGGCAGCCCCAUCACCUGCAUCUGCUUCAGCCGGGACGGGCAGUGCACCCUGGUGUCCAGCCUAGACUCCACAUUGCGGCUUCUAGACAAAGACACGGGGGAGCUGCUGGGCGAGUACACAGGCCACAAGAACCAGAAGUACAAGCUGGACUGCUGCCUGAGCGAGCGUGACACACACGUGGUCAGCUGCUCUGAGGAUGGCAAGGUGUUCUUUUGGGACCUGGUGGAGGGUGCACUCGUACUGGCCCUGCCUGUGGGAUCCGGCGUGGUGCAGUCGCUGGCCUUCCACCCCACUGAGCCCUGCCUGCUGACGGCCAUGGGGGGCAGCAUCCAGUGCUGGCGGGAGGAGGCCUACAAGGCUGAAGGUGGAGCUGGCUGAAGUCAGGGGGCACCUCCCCCAAAGCCAGACACAGACUCAAAAGGAAACCUGAGACCAUUUAUUCUGGACACAGUGCUGACCAGGGAGGGCCCAGGGGCUGGGUUUUCAAACUAAUAAAUAGAGGUGUGAGGCCUCCCUGGG